UCCAUUUUCACUUUCUCUCUUAUCACUUUUUCAAAUCAUUUACACAAAAAAAGAAACUUUCUUCAGAGACGCUUCAUCGAUCACAUGGGAGACAGACAACAGGGCUUGAACGGCGCCUACUACGGACCAUCGAUUCCUCCGCCGAGAAAAGUCUCUCACAGCCACGGCAGAGGCGGCGGUGGAUGCUGCUGCAGCUGUUUAGGUGACUGUCUCGGCUGCUGCGGCUGCUGCAUCUUAAGCGUCAUCUUCAACAUCCUCAUAACCCUAGCCAUCAUCGCAGGCAUAGCCGCUCUGAUCAUCUGGCUAAUUUUCCGACCAAACGCGAUUAAAUUCCACGUCACCGACGCUAAGCUCACACAGUUCACACUCGGCGCAGACAACAACCUCCAGUACAACCUCGACCUCAAUUUCACCAUCAGAAACCCUAACAAACGGAUCGGUGUUUACUACGACCAGAUCGAAGUCAGAGGAUACUACGGAGACCAAAGAUUCGGUUCCGGUAACGUGGCGCCGUUUUAUCAGGGGCAUAAGAACACGACGGAGGUGGGGAGUAAACUCGUGGGACAGGGCUUGGUGUUGCUUAACCGCGGAGAUAGGGAGGAUCUAGACGAGGAUUUGAAGUCGGGGAUAUACAGGAUUGAUGCGAAGCUGAGGCUUAGGGUUAGGUUUAAGUUUGGGUUGAUCAAGUCGUGGAGGUUCAAGCCUAAGGUUAGGUGUGAUCUCAAGGUUCCUCUCAGUUCCUCUAAUUCAACCGGCGGGUUUCAGUUCCAGAGGACCAAGUGUGACAUUGACUUUUGAUUCUAGUCAUAGUCAAAUGAUAUAUUGUCUCCGUAUUCCGUUUCCAUUUAUUUACACUUGUUUAUCUUCAUUAUUUUCGUACGUGGACUUUCUAUGAUAUCGUUGGAGAGGUAUAUGUCUUGUGUAAUAAUCUUUUAUCGUAUGGUUACAUGUACAUAAAAUAGUUUUUUUUCUUCUGAUAAAUGUGUGAAUUAAAGCAUAACUGUACAAGUACACGAGAGAAGCGGUUAAACCGUUUGUUGACCAAAAAAAGCAAUGAAGAGGCUUCCUAGGAUAGAAAUGCGUAACACACAAUGAAGAAAACUUCAACCAGAGCUGCAUAAGUUUCCAAUAUUUCUGGAGCUCCAUAUAUAGUUUUAUAUAUUCAGAUUUACAUUUACUUUACACAGCUAUAAAU